CUUGGUUUUGCGUCGCACUUCAGCGUCCGUAGUGGUUGUAGAAUGGUAGAGUAGCAGGUGUCGUUGAGUAAACUCCCCUGUGCGCGCGAUGUUUACUACGCGUAGUACGACGGAAACCUUUUGAGCGGCUUCUGUAACAUUUCUUCUCGUCAGAUGUCUGUCACAGAGAACCAAGUAGCUGUAGGUAUGCCACUCUUCAAGAAGUCCAAGGAGUCCGACGAUCAUCGAACCAAGUUGCAGAGAAAACUGUAUAUCGCCCAGGAAAGUCCGGACAACACUUUCGAUUUAUCGGAGUGCGCACUCAGUGACGUGCCGUCUGGUGUGUUUUCCAAGUGCCGUGUGUUUCGCAAGACGACCUUGAUACUGCGAAACAACAAACUGACUUCAAUUAGUGGAGGAGGUUCACUAAAGGACCUUUGUGACAUCACAGUGCUAGACUUGGAAAGCAACCUCUUGGCGAAAGUACCCGACGAGUUCGGUUUCCUUCGCAGCUUGGUUGUGCUCAAUCUAAAGGGCAACGCCCUCAAGAAAUUGCCUGGAAGUUUUGCAAACUUGACGAGUUUGCAGUCGUUGAACCUUAGCAACAACAAGUUCAAGGAUUUUCCGUUACCGAUUCUCCGACUACGAAAACUUCAGCACUUAGAUAUAGCACAAAAUGCCAUCACCAGACUGCCGAACAACUUCUUCGAACUGCGGUCACUGCGUUCGUUCGUCUUGGACAGCUGCAACUUCACCUUUCCCGACGCCGAGGUUUGCGGGCAGCCACUCGAAUCUCUCAUGCUGCAUUUGUGCAAUCUUGCAGGCGUCGAAUAUGUCCCGCCAGUUGAUGAACCCGACACGAACGACUGCAAAGGCGACGCCGCAGCAACCACGCCGUUCAUUGGGGUUGACCUGGAAGACCAGUACAAGCAGUUCGAAGAGCGGAGGGAAAGGCGCCUCCAAGAGCUGUUACAAAUGGAAGAGGAGCUACGGGACAGCGCAAUGAACCAUGCAGCAGUCUCGGAAAUCACGAGAAAACGCAAACAAGAGCUGCUGCUUGAAAUAGCACGGGAACAGGACACCUUGGAAGACGCCAUUUUAGAUGUACAAAGCAGGAAAGAUUUGGAGAAGCAAAAGCUUGUAUCGCUAUUGCUGCACUUGGAACACCACUCGGCUGAGCUUAUUCAUCAAAUCUCCAAUGAUAUUAGGUCGAAGAAUUCUGAGGUGCUGGCACGUACUUUGGAACAGGAACAAUUGGAAAUGAAGGAACUCUUCAAUAUGCAACAGCAAGAAAUGGACGCUUCUCGACGCAAGGAGGUCCUGCGUUCAAUGGCAGAAAUGCUCCACCAGGAAGAACAGCAACAGCUCUAUAGACAAACCAAAGACAGCAUUAUUAAAGGCAUCCAGGAAGAAGAAGCAGCUUGUGAUGAGCUGCUGAGAGGUGCUGUAUUCUCUAAAACGAAGCAACAGGAUGAAACCAUUAGUCGCAUUAUCAAUGAAGAGAGAUAUCAAAUGGAGGCCUUCAAAGCACUUCAAUUGAGGAAUGAUUACACGCAUUGUCACCUAAUGCAGCAAAUCACACUGAUUGAGAAAGAGUUGAAGAGAUUAACAAAUGUUGAGUUGAAGAAACGGGAUUUCAAGGUUAUGUCUGACCUCAACGUCCUUUCAAAUCAUCGUGUUGAACUUGCGUCUCUUCUUUCGCAGUUGCUUGAUGAAAAAGCUGCACGGGAGAAGCAACUGCAAGAUCAACUAAAGACCAUAGAAACUUACAGAAGGCAAGAAAUGAAUGAUUUUUGGUUGAUACAAUACCAGAAGCUCCUCGACAGGAAACCACAAGAUAUAUGUUACUUGGAUGAGCAGCUGGACUCACGCAUUCGCGACAUCCUGCUUUUGGCCAACGCGUCACACUAUGCUACACUUUUUGCAAGCAAGAAUGUUGACUGGGAGGACUUUGUCCAGCUGGAGUGGAAAGACUUCAGGAGUUUGGGAAUUAACUCUGACACUGUUAUACAGAUGCUGCUGUCCGCAAAGGAGCAGUAUCUUGAUGAAAACCCAGCUGCAAAGCCAAGCGCACCUCCUCCAGAACAAUCACCACUUGAUGAAAAAGUUGCUGCUGAUGCCGGCUCUUCAAUGUUGCAAGUGCGUAACCUAAGGCUUUGGUGUAGCUCGGAGUGUGUAAUUUGCUUUGAGGUGACAAGGCUGCUCAUAUUUGUGCCAUGUGGCCAUGUCUGCUGUUGUGAACAGUGCAGUGUGGGAGUGAACCAGUGUCCUCUGUGCAGAGCGGACGUCGAGGGCAAAUUGUCAGCUACAUAACUGGCUGUGUGCAAAUGCGUGUUCUUUUUCUUAUUAUUUUUUUUGCAUAUCACUGCUAAGCCUAGUCUUUUCUUAAAGCAUGAGGUUGUGCAAUUUUUUUGACAGCAGCAUUGUUAUGGUGAUUGCACUUAUGAUAUAUUUGCUCUCAGACUACCUCCCACUGUCAGAACAAUUCCACGUGUUACAUCUGGCAUGCUUUUUUCCCAUUUAUUGACAAAGGAGAAUGUGCUUUUAUAUUUCUGCAUUACUGACAAAGCUGAAUUGAUCACUUGAAUGUGUUGUGCAAGCAUGCUUAGUCGGCUCAUGUUUAUUCAAACUCCUAGGAACCACAAGUCUUGCAAAACAAUGCAAGAACUAUGUACUAGGGUGAGUGACCGACUACUGCUGGGUUGGAUGGUGCAGAGGAGAGAGAAUUACUCUAUAUGCAUAUUCAGUUAUAUUGGAGCUUGGAUCGGGUCACUGAGAUGGUGGUGUCUUCCGUAGCCACACCUGGCAACAUGCAGAGCAGCUUUAAGAUCAAACUUGGGUGCACUUUCACCGUGCAUGUCUUAGGAUGCCGCCUGAUUAGCCAUUUCUCAUCAUGUUGCCCUUCCCUAGUAAGCCAAACUGUUGCCCAGAAGCCUUGAUCAAAUUACGCGAAUUUUAAAUGCACUGAUACUUAAUUGAAUCAACCUAAAUAUUGAAAUUUGUUUGAAUCAGCUAACGUUUUUUGAAUUGCCAGAGUUUCAAUAACCUUGAGCCGGCUGUGUAUGCUGACACAUUUGGCAUUGUUUUAAAGGGCCUAGUCAUGUUCCAACAUUUUACUGACACUGCUAGUAUGCAUUAAACGCUACAAAUAUGCUGACACUACAAACAUGCAUUAAACAAUGCCUGUUGUGCUAACAUUUGCAAAAGAGGAAAAAAAGCAGCUUUGCUAGUGUGACAAGUGUGUUAACUUGCCACUAUGCUGUCACUUUUGGCAGUUAUAGCUUGAGCAUUGCAUAGUGUGAUUAGAAAUGAACAAAACUGUGAUGUCUAAGUGCCACUCCUGUCACACAACUGCUUUAAUUGCUCAUUGAAGCCACUUUUCACUAAGAUGUUGAACUUGACUAACGUAUGCCACUGCCACAUAAUCUGCUGGAUGGAUGGCCGUUAUGAAUGUCUACUUCGAAAUGACGUGGUGGCAGAUUCCACCAAACUUGGAUCUUUUUACCAUUUUGCUACACCUUGUCAAUACCCUUAUGAUUGACUGUUCAUGGUAACAGGCCGUAAAAUUAUUACAUACAUUUACUUGAAGAUUCGACCAAGUUAUCAGAUGUACAAUGAGCAGUGUAGCUGCGCCCAGACUAGUAGCUUGUAGAUUAUGACUGCACCUUUGGCCACAAAGAAAAGGCUAAUGUCAAGCAUUGUUUUAGAAAACAGAAAUGUCAUUUUAUGCUAUCCUCAUAGAAAUGAACUUUGCAUGCACUCAAUUUGUAUCCCAGUGCGACUGUAUCUCAUUAGGUGAGCGUUCAACAGUCACACACAAGUAUGACUGUAAGUACAUACUGCAGGGGCCGUAUUCUGAAACGUUUGCCUAGGCGAAAUUUCUUUUUUUCGCUUUCAGGCGUGCGCCGAUUGGCUGUUUUAGCAAAAUUGGAUGAGCUGAUUGGGUGGUUGAGCCCGACGUCAUUCAAUUUUGCUCAACCAGCCAAUCAGCACGCACGGUGAUUUCGCCUAGGCGAAAUUUCGCCUAGGCGAACGUUUCAGAAUACGGCCCCAGUUGGAGUAAAAUUUUAAGGGGGUUGUUCUUCAGCUUUAUAUAGCAUGACUUUGAAAAUAGCCACUGUCAGCUCUCGGCCCUACAGGACGAUGGUGGCCAUCUUUGAAGGUUCUCAUGCUACAUAAACUUUUUUUUUUUAAUUCCCCGACUAUCAUCGAUGCUUAAAGGGGCCCAGAAACAUACCUCUUUAAAACAUGAGCAACACGCUGCAAUGAGUGCUAUGGCUUUCAAGGAAUAUACAAGCCCUGAAAAGAAGUUUUUAAAAAGGACCGAAUAUGAAAGGAGAUAUGAAGAGUGCAAUGUCUAUGUACUUUCCCCUUUACCUAGCAAGUCAUUGGUUCCUUUCGUCUGACAAGGCGCCAAUAGCCAUCAUAUGCCUAUCACUCCUUUCAUUUUUAUUGCCUUGGUGCACUUAUGGUAACCUUUUGACGUCGGUGUCUGACAGAGGUACCAGAGAGUGACAAAGGAGUGAUGACAGGAUUGGCGGGAUGGGUUGACAACUGUAUCUUCCUGUUUCCUGAACAGUCUGGAGACGUGUGAAUGUGUACACAAGUAAUUUGUCGUCGGGAACAAUCGCCAAAUGGCUGGCACCUAUGGGCUGCUGUCACGUUAUGGCAGCUGGCUUGAAUUGGAAAAACAGCAAAGGCGAAGUCUGCCCACUAACCCACUGUGGCCACUGUAACAUCAUUGCUGACACUGAAAAGGGUGAAAAAAAGUGGAGGGUUUCAAAAGCUGCAUGAGAGAUCAAGCAGAUUGUAGGUUCCCUACUGCAUACAGGGGAAUAAAAUUUGGCCCAAGAGUUCAUGGCAGCAUUGUCUGCAGAUUGGGGACAUUUUCUUACUGCGUUCAAAAAAUGUUUCAGGGCCCCCUUAGUGUCCCCAUCCCAGCCACUUGAAACAAUUUAAAGGAGCUUAUGUGGAAAGGUCGAGGAUAUGUUCAACCUCGUAAUCCUUCACCUAGUAGUGGCUCAGAAUUACAGCACUUAUUUUUCUAGUCUUAGAUCUGACAUUGCAGAAAAGUUCAUAAUUAUAUAAUUGUCUGGUUGGUCCACGACUUCGACCGUAAAAUAGCCCUCAAAACACAUUGUGGGGUUGCUACCAGAUUUCAUGCAUCAUGCAUGAAAUCAGCCAACACAGGCGAGCCACUCGUAGCAGGCCGGUCUAUUUGCUUCAUCAAAGUUUACCAAAGCUAGUGUAUAUUCAAUGGCACUGCAGUCAGCAAACUAAUUCAAUUUUAGUAUACAAAGUCUACAUAGACCUGACUUUUGUCAAUUUUCUAUUGUUAAAAUUUCUGCCUAAUUCAAUUGUGGGAAAGGGUCCUGGCAUGUGUUCAUACAUUUCUACGCAGGAUAAAGCCUGUUAAUUCGAUGUUUAAUCCAGACAAGAUUUGACAGAGUUCUAGCUUGUCCUUACACAGUGUCGAACAUGGUGCCCGUGGUCGAAGGCCUCCCUAAAGACAGGGCAGCGCCAACAUAUGAAAAAUUGGCUUAGUAAAUACCAGUAAUUGGAAUGGUGCUUAAUAAUCAAAUUUUUGGUAUGUGAGAAACCGCCGUGCAGUCUUGGGGUCCCUUCAACCACUGGCGCCAUGUUGCAGCUCCUAUUGCAUGCGACUGUGCAUUGCCUUAUGGUGCAGUUCUGUGUCAUCUAGAAAUGCAGAAAGCAUAGUACUCAUUUGCACAAGUUGUAAAUUGUCAGCCAUCAAAUUGCCAGCCGUUAUUACUACAAUGCACCAUUGAGGACGUAAGAAAAAUAGCACAUGAAAUGUCAUGCAACAUAGCGCUGCCUAGGAGAACAGUAAAUUAACGUUGACUAGGAGAACAGUGAACUGGGCAAGUUGGUAUUUGUUCAUUUUUUAUACAGGACAAAGACUACAGGUGGCACAGAAAUGACAGGACCACCUGCUGGUCUAGCAGCUUUGUAACGUCUGGUCUUCUGCGCUGUAGAAGUAGUAGCACUGUUUUCCGGUGACUAUUUGCUUUUUAAGCUACUUUUGUAGUUUCUCAAUAGUUGUACAUGUAUGAUUGCUUGAAAUUGUAUUUGUGCAUGUUCCUGUGCAAGUCUGAAUUUGCAAGUAAAGACAACACAGUGUUUCAUUUAUUUGUGCCCUUGUGCUGUACAUGCCCCGUGGUGCGCUUCAUAUCUUCUAUAACACAAGAGACGAUCUCAUUUCUGCAAGGUCACCUGUACCGGAUCCAUUUUCUAGUGUAAGUCCCUGACUGUGUGAAGCAUUGUUUCGAGCGAAUGAAAGUGCAGCAAGGUAAAGAUUUCAAAUCCACACUUCAUUUGGCAUUCUCAUAACCUGAACCAAUUCUAGAUGUCUAGCAAAGGCUGCUGUAAUUAUGAAUGGCUCAACGAGCUUUGAAACUGCUUGUGUGACAAGGGUGUAAAUUAUAUGUGUUCAUGACUCUUCAGCACCUGCAAUGAACCCGUAGUCCAACUUUCAUACGUGGAUUGUUUCAUCUAGAUGCAGUCUGUCUUAUAGCACCACUUUGUUCCCAUUUAUCAUUGAGUCACGGAUGGUCUUUGGUGGCACUGUAAAAGGUGCCAUGUAGAACAAACCAGAACAAAGAAACUACUGAAUUGUGUAUAGUCCACUUCGUUAAGUAUGUAUAAAUAUGUUUCGAAGCCACUCUGUGGAGGACGGGAAUCGUCACUGUUACUUGUGGCAGAGAUCCAAAGCUCAAGAGAAUGAGGAGCAUCGUUUCUCUUUCAUCUGUUGUUUGCCGAAGCUUCCACAUGUAGCCCUGCUACAUGGACGUGACAAAGGAUAUAGGUGAUGCAGAAAGUGAUUUUGAAACUCCUGAUGGAGACUAACAAGUUGGGGAUAUCUACAGUGGGUGUGAUUACAUUUGGCCUACUUGCCAUUAAAGUUGAUUUUACUUCUGUGAUUUCAAUUAUGUUUUUAUGAGUUAUGUUGAUACUAUUGCUUGGGUGUGUACACUUCCUGUUAUAAACAUAGGAGGUAGUUUGUUUAAUUACUGUAUUGUGCGAUAUUUAAUGUCACGUCUUCUAAGACUGCGGAGCAUGGUUGUAACAAAAGUUCUUGAAAACUGCAGAAAAGGUUUUUUCUCUACACAUUUGGCUGUACUACCAUCUGUGCCACCAUCGUUGAUAGUGAUAUAGCAAGUACAUAGGAGGAAACAUGAUAAUGAAAGAAUUUCCACAGUGAUUGCUCUCCUGUUUGUGCUACUUGACACUUGUCCUGGCUGUUUUAUGGCAAUCCCUUAUGAGUUGCUCUGACAGAGUUACAGGUGUGACAGAUAGUAUUGCAAUCACAAAUGCACUCUUUGAGGGUACACAGUGCUAAUCUACUUAUCACAAUACCAUGCAUAAUGCUACAUCAGCUACAAUUAUGACAAAUAACUUAUACCAAUGAGUGAGAUUUAUACUUUUGACUUCUCUAAUGGCUCCACACAAAAUUAAGGCAUAUGCAGCGAUGCGAUUAUUGCAUGCUCGGCCUGAAUAUGACAUCCAAACAUUCGCAAAGGUAGUUCCUGCAAUAGUUGUGCCCUCGGCGAAACAAAAUUACCAGUCACCAUGAAGUGCAGUUCAACUGGAUUGUUUACAGAUGGACUGCUAAGUGCUCUGCACUAUCUGGCCUGAUAUCAUGCAGUCUGUGAAGCUUUCAUCACCUAAUUAUGUGUCAUGUGACUGGCUGUUCAACGCAUGAUGCAAAGCUACACUUCUUGUAGAAGCAAGAUGUGGGUUUAAACAGCCUCAUAGCGCUAAAUACUCAAUUCACACAAAAACAAAAUUUUUUUGCUAUUUAAUGUUUACGAUAUGAUUCGUUCAGUGCUGAAGUGUAGGUUCGGGCCUAUAGUCCUAGAGCUAUGCCGUAUAAAAAUGCGCACUAUUUGAUGCGGCACCAUCCAUGUUGAGACUGCUGAAGAAUAUGAACAUUCUGCCCAAGCACAUGUAACACUAUUCUUCAGUGAUAAAUUUAAGUUCAAUUCAAACAUAGUGACUACCAUUUACAACACUCAAGUUCUCUUGCUGUGUGGACGUUGUUCGAGUGGAUUGCACUGUAGUUUUUUGAAGCCUGCUACUUAUGCACCAGGUUUUUGUAGACUGAGCAGACGUUGCAUGCGCAACUGAAAUGCAGGUGUGUGCAGCGAUUCUCAUACUUGCUUGUGUUUGACUGUGAAGGUUCAGAAUGUACAAGCGCUUGCUGCAAUUUUGUACUGCAGGCACAUGUUAUUAUACCUCAUGCUAAUAUUGAAAAUCCUGAAUUUGCUUGCUUACUGUCAGCCAGCAUGUCGACAUAGUUACUCCUAAGAUGGUGCUUGCAACCGUUGCCUUAUAAAAUUUACUGAACAAAGCGAUGUGAACAAGCUGAUUACUUGGAGCAUGUUUGUUAGAUACAUAGAGCACAAGAUUGCAAUAAUUUGAUUAUGCUAUGCACAAUGUUGCUUUGCAAUCGUGCAUGGCUUCCCUAAUAAUGCAACAAGCCUUUUUGAACAUGUUACAUUUGUAUACAGCUUUCGAUACCUCUCUGCAAGCUGUGAAUUUUCAGCAAUGUUUACAAAUUAUAUUGUUGAUGCAAUGCUCAUGUGUUUCAAUAAAGCUGAGAAUAUACAAA